AUGGCGCAACCAUUGGUGUAUGAAGCAAUCAUGGCGAUGUCCGUCAGCUUUUGUAGUAUUUAUAGAAGGCAGUUGUUUACUAUUAGAAAAUGUAAACCAUUACAUAUUGAAAUCGGCCGAAAGUAUUUUAUUCUAAAAAAUAGUUGGAAGAAUAAAGUCAUUUGUACUAAAACCCCAUCCAAUGUUAAUUCCUAUUCUUCAUCUGGCAAAGAUGUUGAGAGUGGACCUGAUCUACAGGACUUCAUUGCAGGAGUUGUACCCCGUGGAUCUACAUUUGAUGACUACAAAGGAGAGUUGAAGCUACAGAAAGAGGACAGAAAAAGCCGUUUAAGAUUGCCUCCAUGGGUAAAGAGCAAAAUUCCAGUUGGCAAGAAUUAUCAUCAUUUAAAAGAAACUUUGAGAAAUUUGAAUUUACAUACUGUUUGUGAAGAAGCAAGAUGUCCUAAUAUAGGGGAAUGCUGGGGUGGAGGAGAAUAUGGAACUGCUACUGCAACAAUAAUGUUAUUAGGUGAUACCUGUACUCGAGGUUGCCGAUUCUGUUCUGUGAAAACUAGCCGGAGGCCCCCACCUCCGGAUCCUGAUGAACCAAAGAAUACAGCUCAGGCUAUUGCUGAUUGGAACUUGGAUUACGUUGUUCUCACAUCUGUUGAUAGAGAUGAUCUUCCGGAUGGAGGUGCAAAUCAUAUAGCAGAAACUGUUGUGGAGUUAAAAAGAAGGAAACCCAAAUUACUUGUUGAAUGCUUAACACCUGAUUUUGCUGGUGAUUUAUCUGCUGUAGAAGUUGUUGCUCUCAGUGGUUUAGAUGUUUAUGCUCAUAAUCUUGAAACAGUUGAACGUUAUCAAAAGUAUAUAAGAGAUUUUAGAGCUAAUUAUAAACAAUCCAUAGAAGUACUUAAACAUGCCAAAAAAGUCAAACCUUUAAUUAUCACAAAGACAUCCAUAAUGCUUGGAUUUGGGGAAACAGAUGACAUGAUUAAAGCAACAAUGAAUGAUCUCAGAGAAGCUAAUGUAGAUUGCCUAACUCUUGGACAGUAUAUGCAGCCAACAAAAACACAUUUAAAGGUGAAAGAGUAUGUAACUCCAGAAAAAUUCAAGUAUUGGGAAGAGUAUGGAAAUCAGUUAGGAUUUCAGUACACUGCCAGUGGUCCAUUAGUGAGGUCUUCAUAUAAAGCAGGAGAAUUUUAUCUGAAGAAUUUAAUCCAGCAAAGGAAUUUAACAGCUGGUGAACUAAAUAAGAUGUGAUAUAAAUAUUGUAAAUUCUAUAUGUAAAUGUUAUGUGUAAAUUCUAAUAUUUUAUUGUUAUAGCAUUAAAUUAUGUUGCAAUGUGACUGAUGAAUUAUAUCUAACAAAUUUAAAUCCAGAAAAGGAAAUUAAUGAUGGUGGAUUAAAUACAAUGUUAUGUAGAUUUAUAGUUUAAUAUUUUAUUAUCAUAGUAAGUAAAGAUUUAAAUUUGUUCAAUGUC